AUAAAUUGUUGAAAGCUCACAGACCCCUUUGAUUAAAGAAACAUAACCCACACCCUCCCUCCAUGCCCUUGUCUCUUCUUCUUCUUCUUCUUCUGCAUGAGUAUUGUUUCUCUCUCUCUCUCCCCAUAGAUUUGCAGUAUAAAAUGAGAGCCAUACUCCUCUUCCCUCUUCAGCUGAUCUCUCCUUCCAUCUCUCCCAUCUCUCUCUCUCUCUCUCUCUGACACAUUAAAUACUCAUCCUUCCUCCAUUUCCAUAUAUUUGAUCAGUGGCGGAGCAGUCAGAGGUCGACCUACAACGAGACCUAAUUAAUAUAUAACUGAAAGAUGUCAAGCAGAAGAUCACGUCCGUCAAGGCAGUCGUCUGUGAACUCCAGAAUCUCUGAGGACCAAAUUGCUGAUCUUGUUUCUAAGCUCCAACUCCUCAUUCCUGAACUUCGCCGCAGGCGCUCUGACAAGGUUUCCGCUUCCAAGGUGCUGCAAGAGACAUGCAACUACAUCAAGAACUUGCACAGAGAAGUUGAUGACCUCGGCGACCGUCUGUCCGAACUCUUGGCCUCGACGGACCACAACAGUCCCGAGGCAGCAAUCAUUAGGAGCUUACUCAAUUUUUAAUUAAUCUUAUAUAUAAAUCAUCGAUUCUCUCCUAAAAUUGUCAACUUAUUUUCUAUCUGUUCGUCUAUAUAUAUAUAUAUAUAUAGUUAGGGUUUUGGUCGCCGUAGGCCAAAUCAUAUAUAUAUAUAUAUAUAUAUAUAUAUAUAUAUGUAUGUAUGUAUCGUUGUAGGCAUUUUAAUUGUACGCGAGGGGUCCAGACAUGGCUCUAUAUUAAGCUGUGUUUAAUGCGAUGUUUUCUAAUAUUGUUAUAAUGUCCAUUUAACUCUGUUAUUUAAUGAUUAAAAAUUGUUGCAAGCUUUA